UAUAUUUGGUCACACUAAUUAUAAAAGCGCAAUAAAUUGCAUUGUUUUCAAGUGGAAUUUCGAGGAAACGAAAGAAUUUGAGUGUAAUAAGAAGGUUAUCAGAUCACACAAAAAUGGCCAGCACUUCCCGCGCAGCUAGAAGCCAGAAUGGCAGUCUUUCGCAGCCAACACAGAUCACUAGGGAAGUGGACGACAAGGUGCGCGCUAUUUUAAACUACAUUUUGGAUCACACAGCCCAGAAGAUUCCCAUCAAGGACAAGGAUUUGGUGCCAGCGGCAGGCGACAGGAACGAGCUGAAGAAACGACUCCCGCUGGUCACUGAAUUGCUGGCCAAGCGGUUUGGUAUUUUGCUCACCCCCUUGGAUGCGGCUUCCAAAACGUUCAUUUGCAUUGCGGAGGAGCCGGUGGCAUCCAUCCACGAGCUGACGCCGGCACAGAGACCCCAGUUCACGCUGCUGUACAUCAUCCUCAUGUACAUCUUCCUGCGUGGCAACCGCAUCGAGGACUCCAAGCUGUACGCCAUGCUGGAGAUGCUGAACAUCCAGACGGACGAGGAGCACGGCUACUUUGGCGCCAGUGUGCGCAAGCAGAUCGAGGAGACGUUCGUUAAGCAACAGUACCUGAAGCGGGAGCGCUCCCAACUGAGCGCCUACGACGACUUCAAGACCUUCUUCCUCUGGGGACCGCGUGCCAAGGCGGAGUUCACCUACGAACAGAUCGUGCAGUUUGGCUCCAAGCUCCUAAAACAGGAUCCAAAGGUCUUCCAACACCACCUCACCAUGGCCCAGGAGGGGGCUAGUGCUGAGCAAUAGGAGCUGCAACUUCCUAACCACAUAAAUCUUCGUUUGUUAGCUUUUAUCAUAUUAACAAUUUACUAAUUUUCCCUUUGUCUUUAAAGCAUAUCAUCAAAUAAUUUAAUCUUUAUAGACUGUGCUGUUCUGAAGCUUGUUUACUUCUUAUUGGUUUCAAUUCACUCCAAAAAUAGCCCUUUAAUUCCUGUGCUUAUAAAGAUUACAAUUUCGAGUAUUAAUAGUCAAACUGGCAAUUUAACAAGACUAAGUUAGAUGAAAACCACGAGUUUAUUUUCUGAUCUUCGAACUUGAUAACUUCAAAUUAAGUUUAUGUUUAAAUGAAGUUUAACUGCUUUAUGAACUCGUUUACUAAUCAAGUUGUUUUAUAAUUUUCAAGACUAUGUCUUAUCAAAUUUACGAAAUUUGUUUAAAACUCUGCUUAGCUAUGUAAAGUUUUAAAAAUUACUUUUGAUUACUUAAUUUCAAAAUCUAGAGAACUGCAAAACGUUUAAUACAAUUUAAGUAAGGUUAAGUUUAAGCAUAUGUUCUAUUUAAAUUGAAAGUGUAUGACUAAAUGUAUAAAGAACUAAAUAAAAUAUAAAUUCAAAA